AUGGAUGCGCUCAGCCCUGGCCGGGGUAACAACACCACCUCGUCCGAGGGUCCCUUCGGGGUAAGCGGCAACGCUACUGGCAUCUCCGACGUGACCUUCAGCUACCAAGUGAUCACCUCGCUGCUGCUGGGCACGCUCAUCUUCUGCGCUGUGUUGGGCAAUGCAUGUGUGGUGGCCGCCAUCGCCCUGGAGCGCUCCCUGCAGAACGUAGCCAACUAUCUCAUCGGCUCGCUGGCGGUCACCGACCUCAUGGUUUCGGUGUUGGUGCUGCCCAUGGCCGCGCUCUACCAAGUGCUCAACAAGUGGACGCUGGGUCAGGUCACCUGCGACUUGUUCAUCGCGCUCGACGUGCUGUGUUGCACCUCGUCCAUCCUGCACUUGUGCGCCAUCGCGCUGGACAGGUACUGGGCCAUCACUGACCCCAUAGACUACGUGAACAAGCGGACACCCAGGCGCGCCGCAGCGCUGAUCUCGCUCACUUGGCUUAUUGGCUUCCUCAUCUCCAUCCCGCCCAUGCUGGGCUGGCGAACCCCGGAAGACCGCUCGGACCCCGACGCGUGCACCAUCAGCAAGGACCACGGCUACACCAUUUACUCCACCUUUGGCGCCUUUUACAUCCCGCUGCUGCUCAUGCUGGUUCUCUAUGGGCGCAUCUUCCGAGCUGCGCGUUUCCGCAUCCGUAAGACUGUUAAAAAGGUGGAGAAGAAGGCAGCGGACACUCGCUUUGCGGCCUCCCCGGCUCCGCAGCCCAAGAAGAGCGUGAAUGGCGAACCUGGGAGCAGAGAUUGGAGGCGGGGCGUGGAGAACAAGACAGCGGGGGCUCUGUGUGCCAACGGCGCGGUGAGGCAGGGCGACGACGGCGCCGCGCUGGAAGUGAUUGAGGUGCACUGCGUGGGCAACUCCAAAGAGCACCUGCCCCUGCCCAGCGAGGCCAGUGCGGCCCCCAGCCUCUCCGCCUCUUUUGAGAGGAAAAAUGAGCGCAAUGCUGAGGCGAAGCGCAAGAUGGCCCUGGCCCGGGAGAGGAAGACGGUAAAGACGCUGGGCAUCAUCAUGGGCACCUUUAUCCUCUGCUGGUUGCCCUUCUUCAUCGUGGCCCUAGUCUUACCCUUCUGCGAGAGCAGCUGCCACAUGCCCACUCUGUUGGGCGCCGUAAUCAACUGGCUGGGCUACUCCAACUCCCUGCUCAACCCUAUCAUCUAUGCGUACUUCAACAAGGACUUCCAAAACGCGUUUAAGAAGAUCAUCAAGUGCAAGUUCUGUCGCCGAUGAUGGAGGUGUAGAUGGCGAGUAGGGGAAACGGGACCCUUCCCACCUAUUCUUCCUCUCUCAACUCCCCUGGAACCAAUACCCACUAUAAUAACUUGCAAUUUUUCCCCUGACUUUUUUCAGCUGCUCCGGGGCGGCUUCACAGCCUUGUCCCCUCCCCCACACCCCCUGCCCGGGGGAGGACCCUCUGUGAGGCUGCAGCUGCCAUGAAGGAGGGCU